GUCAUGGGGGAAAGGUGUGUUGACCGUUAGCGGCCGACUUCGCCCACACAGGGCUUCAAACUCACACCCUCGGGGCAUGGAAGAUCUAACAACAGCGCGAGCCCUUAAAAGCCCGGGAUUACAUUCUUCCUUCCUCUAUAAUCUUCCAUCCCGCACGCAGCUUAGUCCCAAACACAAAUCGAGACACUUAGCAUCCGAAUUCCUUAUUUUCAAUCAUGGGUCUUCCAGUCAUCCUCUAUCUCCUCGUCUCAGCAACAAUCGCAGCAGCGUAUCCGACCGGCGCCGGGAUCUGCUACGCCAAUGAAUCCGCCAUCGCCGCCGUCGGAUCCAUGGGCCCUUCCAACGACAAUCUUGGCUACGCGCUGGUGGUCGGCGGCCAGGCUACCUCUUAUUCACCGGGGAGGGCGCUGAAUGUGACGCUGACGGGCAACCAAAACUUCAUGGGACUUCUGUUGUAUGCCGCCAGCGCGAUUGAUGCUACCGCCCAUGCCGGCACAUGGAGUGGGUUGGAUGCGGAUAAGUUCAUGUUCCUCAACAACGACCAAGGCCCGGUGGAUUGCAGCACGUAUGGCAUCAAUGCCACGGUGACCCACGAUAGCCCUAUGUCCAAGUCCGUCCCUUUGACGUUUACUUGGACCCCGUCAAGUACCACAAUCGGAGAUGUGCAUUUCUACAGCGUCGUAGUAGUCUCUGAUACGGUCGGGUUCCAAGUGCUACAAAGUGCCAAGGCGCUGACCGCAGCAGCUUGAAUCGUUCGUUCAUGUGCAAACAUGGGCUUAUAUUUGCUUAUAUCUCUACAAGUUGCCAUCAUCGGCGAUGCCUCCGGCAGAGGUACAAUGAUGUGGAUGGCAGAUAACCACCACGGAAAAUGGGAAGGGGUGAAAACUCUAGACUACCGG